AUGUCAGUGAAUUCACAGAAAGACUUUUUGUUGAUUGAGUUAUUCAAAGACCGAAACAUCACUUUCUCGACCAUUGAUUCACUGCUGAAGUACGGCUUCGACACCAAUGAGACACUACUGACACUCGACUUUGAGUUAGAUUUGCCGCAAAUGGUAGACAUAUGUCUCAGUCAAAGAUCACAACUGAGACAAGUGCUGACUAAAUACAGAAAACUCUACUAUAAGUUUACGGCCGAUAAUCGGACCGAUGAUCUAACAUUACCGCCAAUUUUAAACAGCGAGUCGACAACAAAUGAGACGGACAGUGACCACCAUAUGAUUGGUGCCGUCGACGGCAAUAACGUUACGCACAAUAUAUUUGACACACAUUUAAAUGAUAUUUUUGUUGAAAGCGAUACAAUAGUCAAGAGUUUUAAGAGACAAUUGAGAGACUCAUGGGAUGGACGACACCAUAAUCGCCGACGAAAGAGAUCUGAUGCCAGCAGUGAUGAAGAGGACGAUGAUAUAGAGGACAGGGAUGAAGAGUUUGAGGAGUUUGACAUCAGAGUGGAUGCUAUCGUAGAUCAGUUGAGAGAAAGUCUAAUACGAGUAGAGAAACAAAAACAGGAAAAGGAUUUUAUAUUAAAUAAAAAAUAUUUAGAGAUUAAAGUCAAAGAUAUGGAGAUUCAGAGAUUGCAACAGGAAUUACAAGAAAUGGAAAAACAACUCAUUUAUGAAAAACUUAUGGUUGAAAAACUUAAACACAGACUUCAGAGAAACGGAAGUCAACUCUGCGCUAAUUAUACUGAGGACUCUGAGUUUGAGAGUUCCAGUGCUGACGACAAUACUCCCGGUGCUGACGAUAGUAAAAGUUUUAGUAAGAAAUUUGUUAAUCUUUGGCAAGAAGUCGAUACCAAUUCACUUAAAUAUAAGAAUAGCGACGAAUAUAAGACAUCAAUUUUUACAUCAUUUGUAUCUUCAGAGAGCCAACAGACCAACAGUAGGUCGCGUCAGACUUCUAGUGACGACAACCAAAAACAAUGCAAAAAAAAUAAAAAUACUAAUAUAGAUCUCAAUAAUCGUGAUAUUAAACGGGAACCCGAAUCCAGUGAUAUUGAAGAAAAGGUUAAAAUUAAUGGACAGAUAGAUGAACACAGUUUAACCGUCAAAAAAGAGAUUAUAAGUGACAAUUCAGAUGAGGAUGAGUCUAAUGAAGAAGAAGAAGAAGACGAUAGCGACGAUCCCAAUGAUAAGGAUUAUUGUCCUAAAGUUGAGUCUAUAGUUUGUGAACCAGACUUACAAUGCGUUAAUAAUCCUCAAAACAGUACUUCUCGUAAUCACAAACAUAUCAAACAUUCAAAAUUACGACAAAGUGUUCAUAAAAGCUGUAAAAACUCUCUACUCGUCUCAAAGGUUGUGCCAAAAGUCAUAUCUCAAACCAUUUCAAAUACUGGUACUACUGGUACGGGAGCCGCACUAAUACUCAAUGAGCGACGACCGACAUCCGAAACCUUAUCGAAGUCCAAACCUUAUCGGUGUCAUUAUGCCAACUGUGGCUACGGUUUUGUUUCAUCGGAAGGACUUAAAAGGCACAUCCGUUCAAUACAUACAAAAGAAAAGCCAUUUAAGUGCGAGUUUGACGACUGCCAGAAACGGUUCGGUAGAUCUGAUGCACUCAAAGAGCAUAUGAAAAGGCAUUUGGGUCUUAAGUCUUUCAAAUGUCAAUAUCCCGACUGUGAGUUUGAAUCGGUUUCAUCCAAUUCACUCAAAAGACACAUAAUGUCCAUUCACUUGAAGGAAAAACACUUCAGGUGUCCGCACGAAAAUUGUGGCAAAACUUUUGGCAGAAAAGAUAGUCUUAAGAAACAUAUGGAAAAACAACACGUUUUUUAUGAUUAAGAAGUUAU